CCUGUGAAGGAAACCAGGAAGAAAAGAGGACUGUUGAACUUUGCCAAGAGUCAAGAACACACAGGGCUUUCUUGUCUUCAAAUCUAAGAGUGCGCGAAGCUGCAGUUAAUGCAUUUAUGGCACUUGCGUCUCGAAAUGGCUAAGUUGUUAUUUUUUGGAGUUCGUAUUGGUGUUUUGGUGAUGCUUUUUUCUCUGGAACUCUGGGUAUCUGCGGAUGAGAUGGGACGUCCCACGACGUUCUGGUGGGACAGCGUCAGGCAGGUCAAAAACAACAGCAGUCAAGAGGCACUGAGGCAAUUUUUCAGAAAGUAUUGCGAUUCUUCACACAUUAAGGACUGCGAUCGUGGUUAUUACAGGGAGAGAAGUGGACCGUAUAAGGGACGGUGUGUCCCGUGCAACUGCAAUGGCCUGUCCGGUGACUGCGACCCACAUACUGGGAAAUGUUUGAACUGCCAGUUCAAUACAGCGGGUGACCACUGUGAACGUUGUAUGGAGGGUUAUUAUGGCAGCGCCAUUUUGAGAACCUGUCGUAUGUGUCCGUGCCCCUUAACAGACCCAGCGAAAAGUUUUGCUGUUGGAUGUCUCGGAGUUGGAGAUGAGUUUGAAUGUUUGUGUAAACCUGGCUACUCUGGAGUUCGAUGUGAACGGUGCGCGCUUGGAUACUAUGGCAGUCCUUUGGCAGAAAGAGGAAGUUGUCAACCAUGUGACUGUGAACACGGUUACGUGUGUGACCCGUUAACAGGCGAUUGUUAUGAGGCUGAUGACCCAGACACCGACAACUGCUUUGACUGUGAUAUCUGUGUGGUUAAGUUAAUGGAUGAUCUUGCAGCGAUGGAUGAGGAGUUUGCCAGACUGAUUGAUCAACUUGGGUCUUUUAGUCCGAAUGCUACUUCAUAUACGGGACUUGAAAAACUUGAAGAUGCCAUUGCUGAUACAAAGGUGUUGGUGCAGAAGUAUACUGAAUCUGUCUUCAAAUUGAAACCAAAGAUUUCAGAGCUUGAAUCUCAUCUCCAAAAUGUCAAAGAUGACCUAACUGCUCUCAAUGACAAGGCUAUUGAGAUGUCCUGUUCUGCAGUUCAGUUGCUCAAGUCUAUUGACCAAACCUAUCAAAGAGGAGACAACCUGCGAUCUGAGAGCGUAAACCUCUUACAAAAAAUACAAGAGUUCUUGGAUAAGCUGAAUCGGUCAAACAACACAGGUGGAAACACAGAGGAUGCAACCAGGAUGUUAAAAGAAGCCCAGAGGAUGCUGGAGAAGAUGCGAAGACAGACCUGUAGGGUUCAGAGAGAGCUGGUCAAUGAGGAGUUGAGAAAAGCACACAUAUUGCUCAGCCUCAUUUUGAAAGACCUGAUUUUUCCUUUGAAUGGUUCUUUGAUUGCGGCUGAUCGUAUUCGUCAGGAUCUCAUGGAUCGGGCAGAAGAUCUUCGAGAUAUACAAGAGGCAAUAAUAGAUGCCCAACUUGAUGUGCUCAAGGCCAAUGGAGUGAACAAACUCAAUGAGGAACAGCUGAAAAACAUUUUGAAGCAUUUUAAGGCGUUAAGGAAGAAUCAAGGAAACAUCAUAGCCAAUUUGAACAUGGCCAGAGGGACACUAAAAGACGCAUCUGAUAUUCAGGAAAUGAUGGAUGAACUAAAAGAGAAUAUGACUCAUCUUGCAGCUUUGAUCGACGGGGCAAAAUACAAUCUUGAGGCAAAACUCGAGUUGCUCUCUAAUGCAACAGCUAAGCAGGAAGUCGUGAGACAGGCUGAGGAACAUGCACAAGAACUUACAAAGCUGGCUAUAGACUUACAAAUGGUCAUAAUGAAUAUUAAGAACUCAACUGCUGUUCAUAAAGCAAUUGAAGCCAUCAAUGCAUUCACAGCCAUCACCGCUGCCAUAAAUGAGGCAGAAGCUGCUGCCAAACUUGCCAAAGAAGCGGCGGACCAUGCUUUAAAGGAUGUGCAAAAGCAGGAUCUUCAAAAUAAAGCCAAGGAUCUUAUAAAUAAUGCAAAUGCUCUGUUGGUGAAUGCCAAGGAAGCAUCAAUACAGCUAGAAGAUGUCGCACAGAAAUGCGAAGCAUACAAGAACCUGAUCCAACAGGCUGAAGACAAACAGAAGCAACUCAAGCAAGUCAUGCUGGAUGUGUUGGAGAAGAUGAACAACAUCAAAAGAGGCGAUAUUGACAUCCUCAUCAACCAAGCCAAAGAAGGUGCUGCAGGUGUGAAUGCCACAGCGGCUGAUGCGCUAACCAGAAUGCAGAACAUCAGUGAAGAUCUGAACAAAGUCAACAUUUCCACUCAAGAUCAAAACCUUUAUAACUUACUUGAUGGUGUCAACAAGACCUUGACAGAACUUGAUCAAACUUUCCCUUCGUUGAUUGACAAACUGAAUGAUGUGGAGAACCAAACAGAGCACUUGCCUGGUCCAACCAACCUAUCAAGCAGCAUAGAGAGAAUCAAAGUCUUAAUCGAACAGACCAGAGACGCAGCCAACAGAAUCAGAGGGCCAAUCCUGUUCUCUGGUAAUGCUCACAUUGAACUUCGACCUCCUAAAGACCUGGAGGACUUUCGCACCUUCACAGCUCUUAAUUUUACACUGCACCAACCAAACACCAGAGGUGAUGGAAGGCGUAGACGGCAGCUGGAUUAUACAGAUGGCCAGUUUGUUCUUUACCUUGGAAAUAAGCAUGAAGUCAAGGAUUUCAUUGGCCUGGUUGUAAGGAAUGGUGUUCUUUUUUGCCUCUACAAACUGGGUGGCCAACUUCAUGAAAUAGAGACGAGUGAAAUCACCAAGUCCAGCAAUGAUAAAGCCUUUAUGGAUAGGGUGGAUUUCCGCAGAGUUUAUCAAGAUGCACAAGUCAUAUACACACAUACUUUCACUUCAACUGAACCCAACGAGCUGCCAGCAAGGAUAAAUCAGCCUAAAACCAUGAAUGGAUUGCUCGAUCUGGACCCCAAUGAUGUCGUUCUUUAUGUUGGAGGAUACCCAAGGGAUUUUACGCCUCCAGUGGAGCUUCAGUACCAGGGAUUCAAGGGCUGUAUUGAGUUUUCUUCAAUAAAUGAUCAAAUCCUCGGCUUAUACAACUUUCAACGUGCUGUCAACAUAACCAAAAAUGACCUGUGUCAAAGAGGGAAAGUCCGCACAUUGGGGGAUUAUUUCGAUGGCACGGGUUUUGGAAAAGUGGAUAUAUUAAGCCAGAAUUCUUUCAUUAAGUUUUUUGUUCUGAGUCAUCAAAUGGAUGCUGUGCUUUUUUACAUGGGAAAUGAGAACUCGUACUUCUUCAUUACACUGGAAGGAGGCUAUAUUGUUUUGCGAGGUGUAAACAAUGACGCGAUCAUUUUUGAAAGGUCCAACGUUAAAGUAUUUCCUCAAACAAACUUCAUCCAGAUCAGACUGACUAUGAAUGAUGUGAGACCAGUAACAAUAACGGUCACAGACUACGUCAACAUUUUUUUAGGAUACGUCAAAGGACUCUUCAGGGAGGCCUACAUUGGGGGUGUUCCAGCUGCAAUCCAGGAAAAAUAUAAUGUUUUUCUUCCGUCACUCAGAGGAUGUUUUAAAAACAUUCAGGUAGACGUAACAACUACUUUUACAGAGGAAAACGGAAUCGUCCGAGGUUGUCCAAAUCCUUUACUGGGCUCCCGAGAGGCUACUUUUGAGUUUGGCAGUUCUUUGUCGAUGUCCCCCAUUGUUAAGGAUACAGACUUGGGGACAAUGGUUUCACUUGGAUUUAAGACCUCUGAGGAGAAUGUUGCAGUUUUAAUACAGACUGGUGGAAUGAAGAAUGAAUUUCUGCUGUCUUUGAAAGACGGCUUUGUGGAAAUGAGUGACAGCAAGGAAAAGUUAACAUCCUCCACCAAAUGUGAAACUGGAAAAUGGCAUUACAUAACAGCUUUCAGAAGCAGUGCGGGGAUGCAGCUAAACGUUGACAACACAGAUGUUGGAGAUCCACCAUCUCCAUCCACAUUCCCUGAAUUCGCAGAAAGUGUUAUUUUAGGUGACGGAUUAUUUGGAGGCUGUUUGAGGAACCUGUAUAUGCGGAGCAUACAGAGUGACUACACUCCAGCCGACUUGAGCAGUUUCAAUCAGACUGGAAGCGUGUCUUUGGGAUUCUGCAAAGCAGAGCUCCCCCUUCAGGACAUCACCAUGAAGCGUGCAAGACACGCGGGAAUUACAUCCAACAGCUAUUCGGAAAGCUCUACACAAGACUGCAGAAACCCAAAAUCCAUCAAGCACACCUACCACAUUGGUUCCAGAAGCAAAAUGCAGUUUGAAUUAGAUCCAGAGGAGCUCAAUAACAGGCCCCAUUUCUCUCUAGACGUCCAGACCACAUCAUCUGAAGGACUUUUACUCCAUCUCUCAGGGAAACAUGGUGUUCCUCUUGUGGUCUUGUAUUUAUAUGAAGGAAAAGUCAAACUUUCUGUUGGGGAAGAUGAAAUAGUUUCCUCUCGGAGGAUCAAUGAUGGUCAAUGGCACAGUAUCCAGUUCACGGUGAAGAAAAGAUCGUCUCAUCUUGCUGUGGAUGACCUUCGAACACUCAAUGGACAGCCGUUGAAAGGAUUCACGCAGGAUUUGCAGUCUCCUGUCUAUGUGGGACAACUUCAGACUCGUCACCAAACAUAUAAAAAUGUCCCUCAGAAGAGUAUAAUCGGAUGCAUUCGUGAGCUCAGAGUUUCCAAGCUUCUCCUCAUGAAUCCAGCUGUCAAUCAGGGAGCCACGCCCUGUUUUAAAGGCCGGACUGAGAAAGGGGCGUAUUUUGCUGGAAAUGGUGCACAUUUAGUCUUAGAAAAGUACUUUAUCUCUGGUUCUACGUAUGAUUUAACUUUUGAACUUCGGCCAAGAAACCUCACCGGCCUCAUCUUCCACAAAAGAGACAACCUUGGACAGACUGUCACACUAUUUCUCAAGAAAGGAAAGGUGGUGGUAAAAGUGAACGAUGGAAAACAACGCUAUAGCACUGCGGUGACUCCAACACGACCCCUCUGUGGUGCAUUUCACAAUGUGUCAGUGUCCAUUCGGCAAAAAAGUAUCGAGCUGAGAGUGGAUGAUGCAAAAUCACGAAUCAGACGACGGUCUAUAGCUCGUCUUUCAGUUCAUGAAGAAAUCUAUAUUGGUGGGCUUUCAGAGAAUCGGAGUGAAGGAGUCGAGAUGCAGACCUCUUAUGAGGGAUGUUUGCGGAACAUAAGGAUUCAUCAAAAUCCUCUCUCAUUUGAUAAUGCGAGUAUAUUCGGCCCCAUAAACACAAACGAGUGUCCGGCAGAGUGACUGAAGUAUGAAACGGUGAACAAACACCACUCGUUGUUGAGUUAAACAGUCUACCAAAAAUGAUAAAAAUGGAUUGUUUAGGGAAGGUUAUUGAUUAUUAUAUAUCUACAAAAUAGGCAAAUAUACCAAAUUUGGGGAUUUCAAGAAAUAGUUAGCGCAUUUCAUUUACUACAAAAAGUGUUAGAAUGAGUGUGUAUGAAGGUUUAAAAUAAAAAAAAAUGUGACUUUAUUUUACAGUUUGUGUACUUAAUUGUGUGACCACACUGUAAAGACAUGUUAUUACUACAAUGAUUAUUACAUGUUAUUACAAAUGAUUAAUCGUGAUUAAUCGCAUUCAAAAUAGAAGUUCAUAUUUACUAAAUAUAUUUGUG